AUGCCUUUGUCUCUGCUUCAAAUUCCGACCUUCCCGUCAUAUACGGGACCACAUCAGGUUGGCACUACAGAGUUUGAGAUUCCCGUCUCUUCUCUUGAAUCGCCGGCACCUCAUCCAAAAUCAGAUAUAUCUCUGUCCACAAUUCUGUUCCGGGUAUUCUAUCCUGCAGAUGAUGUUGACUCUGCAUCGAAACCUGUCUAUUGGCUUCCGGAUCCGCAAGGCACCUUUACUGGUGGAUUGGCGGAAUUCCUAGGAGCGCCAAAACGGCUAUCGAAUAUAUUAGGACUACUCCCAAAUACAAUCAAGUGGACGAAGAUGCCAGCAUAUAGAGAUGCGCCCCUGAAAUCCUCCACGCUCCCUUCAAAACGUUGGCCUGUUAUGGUCUUCUCCCAUGGCAUCGGAGGAUCGAGGUAUAUGUAUAGCUAUAUCCUUGGCUGUUUGGCCAGUUAUGGUAUUGUCGUCAUUGCCCCCGAGCACCGCGAUGGAAGCUGUCCCAUCUCUCUUAUCCGAAACGCCCAUGGCCGGGUUACCGAAAGAGUGCCAUUUCAACGCAUCAAGCACAUUUUCGAGCCGAGCAUUCUUCAUAAGCGACAUUCCCAGCUGCGCAUCCGACUCUGGGAAUUAGGUCUCGUGCACGAUGCCCUUCUCAAGAUGGAUGCUGGCAUGGAAAUUAAAAAUUUUGCCCAAAUGCAGGGUGCAAAAGCUCCCGUAUUCGCUUCUAGCCUUGAUAUCCAUCUUCCCAGCAGUAUCACGUGGGCGGGCCAUUCAUUCGGCGCCGCAAGCGUCGUCCAAUUUAUCAAGUCCAUAUACUGGGGCCGUGUCGGUGAUAAGGACCCAGCAUCGACCUCGUCGGAACCACACUUCUCGCAAUACCGCCCCCUGUACCAACCUCGACCAGAUAGCAAGAUUGUUUCACAGGUGACGCCAACAUCACCCCUUAUCCUCCUCGACCUCUGGAACCUCCCAUUGCUGGGGGAUGAUGUAAAAUGGCUAUGGGAAAAGCCUCUGCCGUGCUAUGCGGGCUCACCUAAAGAUCACCUACGACAGCCAAAUGUUUUGGCUGUCCUGAGCGACGAGUUUUUCAAGUGGAAAGCUGGUCUGAAGGCUACUCGAUGUGUGCUCUCUCCCCACCCAGUACCCGGCCCUACCAGCCAGGACACAGCCGAACAUAGCAAGCGACAGCCCAGGGUCUUCUACACCAUUAACUCAGCCCAUCUUAGCCAGUCAGACGUCGGCCUUUUAUUCCCUUGGGUGAUGCAGAGAUGGGCUAAAGCCCAAGAGCCCGAGCGAACGAUGCGCCUGAAUGUAACUGCAAUUAUACAGAUGCUAAGAGAAUGCGGCAUCCCAUUUGAUCUGCAUGAGGACGUGAAGCAUGCCUUGGAAAAUGUGGCAGAUGUUACCGUCGACAACGGCAAUCCUGGGGUUCAGAACGGGGAUGAUGGCAAACCAAGCCAAUUCUCUCCGAGUAUUUUCGCAACACAUGGCUCUGUUAGGGGCUGGUUGCCUGUUUCUUUAACAGAUGAUACGCCGCCUGUUGCGGAAUUUGAGGUGCGGAGUCCACCCAAACUUUGA